AGAGAUGCAUCGCAACAGAUGCAAAGUUCCUGCAGGUUCGAUUGCAUGUUACGCAGUCGGUGCGCUAUGACGUCUAAGAUAUAUCGCGGCCUCCGGAUGCGCAUGAUAAUUAAAGACGAGUUAUCGCACGUUGCCAGAAGAGGCGACGAUAUAUCACAACGACGCAGCAUUCCUUCGUAGCGGCUGAUCGGCGCUUUUUGUUUUUCCCCACCUCGGCUCGGCCAUACUGCAUCGAUCACAACACUGUGAUGAUAUCGAUUUAAAAAGGUUACAACUCCUAUUAUGUCGCCUCUACGACGCCGACGAGCGAACGGUGGCAGUAAUUCCAAGGAGAUGGCUUGCGAAGCGUGUAGUACGAAGUUUAAUUUGUUUAAAAGAAAAGAAGGACAUCAGAUGUUUGCUUUCAUGGACUAGAUUGUAAUUAUUUUGUUAAGAAACAAAAGUUAUAUCACAUGACACAAGUGUUAUUUGUAUAUUCUUUAGAAACAAUGUAUGGACUGUCUGAGAUACUUUUGUUCAGAAUGUGUGAUCAAACGGCUAGACAAAGUGUUCACAUGUGAUAGUUGUAGCAUGUUGUCAAGAAGACCUCUUAUAAGAAGUCAAAUUAGACAAAUGCGUUCCAAAGAUUUACGUCAAUAUCUCGUGGCAAAGAAAGUUUGUAUCAAAGGAUGCAUUGAGAAAGAAGAUUUGGUGCAUGUACUAAUGCUUUAUGCUAAUGGAACUGACCCUUGCUUGAGUACCAACUUUAGUACAAAUGUCAGCUCGCAAAACGCUACCAGGGAACCACUGUCCAGAGUUGACGUCUCCUUAAAUACAUCGGAGGAUAUGCCAAAUGUUAGUACUGAAAGUGAAGUAACGCAUGAUGACAUGCAGGCACAAGCGGAAUCCACAGAAAGCGAAGUCAUCGAGAUCGCGGAAGAAGUAACCGAAAGUGAUAACAGUCCAAUCAUUAGUGCACCACUUAGUACUGAUGAUAACGAAUCACCCAGCGAGGGUCCGACGAGAAGUAAUGAUGUCGAAAUAGAGGAAGUGUUUGAAUGCGAUAGUAGUGCGACCGACGCCCCGGAGCCAAUAAUUACCGAGCAGGAUGAAGUCUCAGAAACUUCAAACAGUAUACAAUCAGAUAUGGUUAUGGAAAUUCCUACGUGGUCGGACAAAGUGCAACUAUCGGAUAUAAAAAAAGCAUCAGAAUUAGAGUAUCUAAGUAUUAAACAAUUGAAAAGUCUAUUGAGUAUAAACCGUGUAGAUUACAAAGGUUGCAUAGAGAGGCAAGAGCUACUUAAUAGAGUGUCCAGAUUGUGGCAGGAAUAUAAGCAAUCUAGGGAGGAUGUGGAGAAACUGAGCGAAGAAGAAAUAUGCAAAAUUUGCUGGGACGCACCUAUCGAGUGUGUAAUCCUGGAAUGUGGUCAUAUGGCUUGCUGUAUCAACUGCGGCAAACGAAUGUACGAGUGUCCGAUAUGCAAACAGUACGUCGUCCGUGUCGUGCGAUUCUUCAAAGCCUGACAAGCCAACGAUUAGAACGAAAUGGGAAAUAACUAAUUGUAAUUUCAAACUAGUGCAAAAUUGGACACGCUUUCGUCUGUUACUGUCACUAAAAUUAAUAUCUCAGACUUUUUUCUACUUUCUAAUCGAGUAGAUCAAUUCCAAGACGUGUUUUAAAAUAUAAAUAAUUGAUCUACGGAAUAAUAUCGUGAACGAUAAAAUCUCCCCUUGUCGAUAAAAGAUAAUGUUAUCGAUGAAAGAUAGCUACGAUUGUAUCAAGUACAGCUACAAGUCCUGUGACAAGUGACAAAUUUCAACUUUGAAUUCUGGACAAUGUUGACUUUGUAGAAUUUCUCGUCAUUUUAAAGCUCCUGACUAUUCACCACGGAAUUUUAGAUUGAUGACGUCAGAAGCAAGGAAAUGUUCGAAAUUCCUAUAGAGUACGUCAAAAUAAAAGGAUAUAUCCAAAAAACGAUAUUUGCAAUCGACUAAACAUAUUUCUAAAAUACUUCGAAUACUUUAUUUCGUUCUAAUAAUCGAUAAAUAACCGUAAAAUUAAUAUAACAUUCAACCUUUUUAAUUUUACUCAUUAUUUUGUCAUAUUAAUUUUAGGUUAUUUAAUAAUUGUUAGAACAAAAGGAAAGAUUUGGAAUAUAUUUUAUAGGUGUACUUAUACUCUAUUAAGUAGUAUCUUAAUCGAUUGCAAGUGUCAUUUAGUCAGUAUAUUAAAUAUAUUUUUUUAUUUGUUGACAUACUUUGUAGGAAUUUUGAGCAUGCAUUUUCACCUUUUCGACAUCAAAUCAAGAUGUUCAUAGUUAGGAGCCUUAAAUAUUGACUCAAGUUCUUUCCAGGAAACGAAUGUUUAUUGUUAAGUAAACGUGUCCCUCCUACACUGUACACUGUGUGCUCUGUAUAUUAAUUUAAAAAAAUACAUAUGUAUGUGUAUAUAUACGCAUGUAUAUGUAUCGUAAUGAACUUUUCAAAUAUCAAUGAAAAAUAUAACAUUAUUUUGUAUCACGAAUUUGUACAUCAGCUUCUGAUGCUUCUAUCUCCUGUAAUCACUUGUGAUAUAUCGUAUUUGAAAGAUAAUUCGUUUCUUUUUAAAUAAAUUACCAACUUUUUAACGAAAUAAUUAUAUUAUUUCUUUGAGAAAGCAUCUACGAUGUCACGCGUGUGAUAGUUGGUUGAUUGUUGCUGACAAUAAUGUCAAAGAAAAUGGAAGGUCGAGCUAAAAGUUUUGACCGAUCAGAUAUGUAAUAUAUAAGUAAUUUUUUAUAAAACAAGUAUUCAACCAAGAUUAUGUACUAAGCAAUCAAUACUGUCUUUCUUUCGAAAAAAAAAAAAAAACAAUUAUAUAUAGGAAUCUUUUUAUAUAGAAGGGUUGAAGAUUAAGAUCGUUACCGUAAAGCGUAAAAAUUUGAUGUACAAGUAUCUCAACGAAAAUUAUUUGAUAAUACAUAUGAAUAUAAUCUUUAAUAUAAUAUAUAUGAUAUUGUGUAUUUUUCGCUAUGUAUUUUAGAUUCAUUCACAAAGUUGUACUAGAUAACGGAUGUUUCUAAUUUGUUGUAUUUGUUGUAAAUUUUGUUACAUUAUUUUAAAAUUACAAAUCAAUCAUGGAAACGUUUGAAAAUACUAUUUCUAUGCCUUCCGAGUAAUUGCCGAAUCGAUAUCUAUAUUGCGUAUUUUCCUAACUGCGGCAACAAAAUCACCGCCGAGUUUUGCGCGUUACUCUUCUAAAUUGAUACAAAUCAAGUAUUUCUAAACGUUAUUUAGGCACACAUGACGUUAUGGAUAUGAUGCAACUAUGUGUAUAUAUAAUAAACCACAAAAGCCGAA